AUGAAGAAUCUAAUAUUUUUUAAUAUAUUAAUUUCAAUUUUUAUAAUUGGGAUAAAUUGCCAGUUAGAUCCAAUAAUUAUUAAAGGAUCAAAUUUUACAAAAGAUUCAAUAACUUAUAUAUUUGAUAAAAAUAGUAAUUAUUUUUCAAAAUGGGAAUUUACAGAUGUAGAUUUACCAUUUUCUUGUACAAAUAAUACAGUUAUUAGAACUUGUGUUGGUUCUGUUAAUGAAACAAUAGUUAAGAAAUUUAAAGGUCAAAUUUUAAAUUGUAUUACAAGUACAAACGGAGCAUCUGAAUGUAAUUCAUUUUUGUGGAAAGAUUAUUAUCCACAACCAAUAAUAGAUGGUGAAUUUAAACCACCUACUAAAGGUGGUUAUGUUAAUAUUCAAGGAUAUUAUUUAGUUUUUGGUAUUACAAAAUUUACUAUCCUUCCUUCAACAAAGGUGCCAAUUAUUGGUGAUCUUGAAUCUUCAACAAUUGAUAUUACAAACUUAACUCUUGAUUAUAAAGGAGGUUGUGGUCCUAGAACAUUCACUUGGCCAAAUAAUUUCAACUAUACAUUUAAUCAUCAAAAACCAAACAUUUCAAGUGUUUCAUCAAGUGAUACUAAAAUAAUUGCAAAUGGAUCAAACUUUUGUAACAUUAUAGAUUAUGUAACAAUUUUCAUAGAGGGUAUCAAAAUUGAUAAAUCUAAUAUAACUCUAAUUGAUCAUGAAAUUUUUGAAAUAGCAUACAUCCAACCAUAUAGUAAAUCAGUAUCAUUGCAUAUAAUAUCUGGUGGCUUAGGAUCCAAUCAUGUUUCAUUUGAUUAUAAACCAAUUUUAAACAGUGCCAAUAGUGUUUCAAAAAAGUAUGGUGGUCUAAUAACAAUAACAGGUUCAAGACUAUCUCCACCACCAUCAUUGCUAGCCAAUUCGACUAUACUUGUUAAAAUUGGUACAUAUGAUUGUAAAAAUGUAACAUUUAUAAAUCAACAAUUAAUUUGUAGAAUUGAUCCUAUUAUUAAUAAUGGUGAUUCAGUUAAUUUACCUAUCAAAUUAACCAUUAAUUCAAUUUCAAAUGAAAAUAAAUUACUAUUCUCAUUUGAUCAACCUAUUAUAACAAACAUAAUAAUUAUACAAGGUGAAGUGAAACUAUCUGGUAAUUUCUUUGGUACAAAUGAAACUACUCAAAUAUUUAUUGAUGAUGUUCAACAAACUAAUUUAAAAAUUCUUGUUAAUGAAAAUCAAACUUCAAUUUUAUUUAAACCAAAUCAAAUAACAAAAUCAAAAAUAAAUGUAGUUGUAAAUGGUUUAAAAUCAAACAUUGCUGAAAUAACCUCUCCAUUUUAUUCGAUACAAAAUCCAGCAUCUCCAUCUGUAAAUGGUCAAAUUGUAAAUUUCACACUUUAUAAUAUAAAUCCAUUAAAUUAUAAUUCAACACCAAUAAUUACACUACAAUCUGAUAAUAGUAAAAUCACUGGUAUUGAUUUAAAAAACUCUACUGAUUUCUCAAAACAUACAUAUUCAUUUACAAUUCCAAAAGGGUGUGGUAGAAAUGGAUUUUUGAUAUCAAUUGGUAAUGAUACAAUUCAUUCAGAAUUUAAUUACAAUUUACCAAUUGUUAAUAAUUGUUCAAUUGGAAAUAAUCAAAUGAUUGAAUGUGUUGGUCAAUAUCAAGAUUUUAUUGAUUUAUAUAAAAGUGGUAAAAUUAAGAUUAUUUUUUCAAAUUCAAUAAUUGUUGAUAAUGUUGCAAAUAUAUCAAUCAAAUUUACAAAUUCAUUAAUUUCAUUCCCAUUGAAACCAGAGUAUGGAUCUAGUGAAUUUAAACUUGAAGUUUGUAAUGAAUUCACAGUACCAUUAAAAGUUGAUAUCUCACCAAGUGUUGACUAUUUUCAAACAAAUCCAAUUUUUAAUUCAACAGGUGGCUCAAUUUUAAUUAUUGGUAAAAACUUUGUAAAAGAAACAAUUGAAAAUUCUCACCUUCAUUGUGUUACCAAUAAUUUAGAUUAUAAUUGUACAUUUAUAAAUUUCUCAACAAUUUCUUGCCAAAUGAAUAUUAAUGGCCCAAAUGAUCAAUAUUUGGAAGUUGUAUUUAAUAAUAAACAUGAAAAUAUCUCAAUUAAAUUUUACCCACCAUUAGUUUUAAAUACUACAAUUUCAAAAUCAACUGGUUUAGUAAUAAUUACAGGAAAUGAAUUUUAUAAACAAAUUGAUUAUAUUUCAAUUGGAUAUUAUAAUUGUUCAAAUAUUUCAUUUAUAAAUUCAUCAUGUAUAACUUGUUUAGUUGAACAACAAACAAAUUUAAUAAUUGAUAAAUUAUUAUUUGUAAAUGUAAUAAUUAAUGGUAAAAGUGGUGGAAAGGAAUUAACAAUAUAUAAUCAUGAUUUAUUAUUUUCAAAUAAUAAUAAUAAUAAUUAUAAUAAUAAUAGUAUUGGUGGUGAAAAUAAUAAUUCUAAAAUUUCGAAAAAUGUUCAAAAAGGUUUUAUUGAAAAGAAUGGUUGGGUAAUAGCAAUAAUUGUAAUAGGUGUAAUUUUAGUUGUUGGAUUAGUAUUAAAUAUUAAAUUUAAAUUGUAUAGUAAAACUUCAAGAAUUUUAUUAAAAAAUAGAAUAAAGAAAAAUUUUAAAAAGAAUAAACCUACAAAGAAAUCAAAGAAUGGUAAUUCAAUAAAUCAAUCAAAUGAUAAUAUAUUACAUUCAUCAAUUGAUUCAAUGUCAUCACCUCCAUUACCUCCACCACAAUCAAGAUUACAACCAUCAAUUUCACCAAUCAAUAGUAUUGAUGAUUUUGAUAGUAAAUCAAUAUAUGCUGAUCAAUUAGUUUAA